AGGUUAUUGAACACAUCCCUAAAAAGGCAACGCUCCAGCCCUGUUUCCAUGGUAACAAAACACUCAGCACAGUCGGACGUUUGUUUUGUCACUCGCUGCCAGCUAGCUCAAAAUCCAUACUCGGGUUUUCUCCGCUCUCUUUUGCCGGUGUCCAGAUUUGCAACCGCUGUAUAGCUGGAAAUGUAAGUAAUGUUUUGCAAUGACAUCACAUUAACUUACUAGCUACCUACACUUACAUCCAUGUACUAAAACGAACACGUAUAGAUACAGCUAACUAGCUAAUGCUAGCUGGCAACGCCUUAUUGCGCUAAGCUAACAUCGUUACCGAGCUAGCCAUUUGGCCAGCAGUGUUGGCUAGGAUGACAAUGUACUGCGUUCUUUUUCCAUCAGAAAGACGACAGUAGACAUGAACACUGACACAGAUCGCCGACAAAACGACAAUGGCAAGUACAGAGGGUCUUCAAAUGUGCAAAGCUGACUAGCUAGCUAACUUAGCUAGCAUAGCUAACUACCGUUAGCUGUGAAGGCCUAGCUAAUACCUCUGACUCUCUUGGCUAGCUAGCUACACCUCUUAUUCUAACGAGCCUCUAAGAUGUAACGUUACCAGGUGAAGGUGCUAGCUAGUUGAAGUAGCUAACGUUAGCUAGCGAACUAGCUACAACUUGAAGAAAAGCCUUAUAAUUGUGUUUGUGUUUUUUAGGCGUUGCCAAUGGCGAUGAUUCAACAAAAGCUGCCCCGACCUCCCAGAUUCCUGGGCUGUCUGAAGAUGCUAACAAUGGUCCUGAGGAGAGGUCUAAAGGACGCCGUUCGGGAGUUAAUGAGUCCGAUUCUGCUUAUACUAAACUGGCUAAACAAGGAGGACAGAGGGGUAAAAACUGUAUUCGGUUUUAACUAGAAGUAACAAAGAUUAUCUCCCCUUUCAUCUGUGGAAAUAAAUUAAGUUAUAGCUAGCUAUCUGUCUAGCUCAUAGACUGUAAAAAGGUGCAGCUAGGUAAAAGGACACACCCCAUCCAGUUUGGAAGGAUGGCCUAGCGAGACUACUAACGUUAACUGGCAAACUCACUCGCUAACUAGCAAAUAACUAGUAGUAUUCCAGGGGAUCCAAAACGUUUUCACUCAGGCCCCCCUUUCAGCAUAGGGGAACAUCCCGCAUGACAGGAGGAAAACUGAUGAUGCACUACCCAAUUUAAAAAUUGCAGCUUGUGCAUACUACUAUUACAACUUUAAAGAGUAAGUUGAAAGCCGGACUGAGUUCCUUUAAAAAGGGAGCCCCUGCUGAUCCCUGGGGCACGCCCCACAGUUUGGGAACCACUAGUGUACAACAUUGAUAACCAAGUUCUUUUCAUUCAUUUACAGGUUUAUUGUGGCACGAGGAGACCAAUUUGGACACCAAACCUAACUCUGCAUCAUCUUACAAAGCUCCUAACUGGUUCUCUGGAUCUCCAAAAGCUCAAGAGCAAGCAAGGUAAAGCCAAAAAGGCAAAUUAAGAUGAGAAUAAUGAGUCACUCUGGAAUUAAAAAGUAAUCUAUUUGUGAAGGUAGUUUGUUAGUAAUUUAUGCCUACUUAGCUAGGCCAAGAUGGAUUGUGUGCAUUGAUCAUUCAAAUUGCAUAUUUGUUUAAGGUUGUAUGGCAUGUACCCUAUUGUAAAACGGGUGUGUUCAGUUUAUUAAAUGUUUUGCUACAUUGCGUGACGGUUUGUACCGAAUGACACGUUUUCCCCAAACGGUGCCCACCGUUCUUCAACAGCCUUUGUAUGUUUGUAUGGAGUGUGGCCUGAUCAAUAUGGGCGCGGUCACCAUUUGAAAUCGCAAAACUCAUGCAAGACACUGUAUACACAUUCACCCUCUGGGCCACCGUUAUCACAACAUCCUUCAACUAGUCAUUCAGAACAGCACCGUCUCUGUCGUAUCAAAGCGUCUGCUAAAUGACUUAAAUGUAAUGUAAAUGUAUCAAACAUUGCACAUUGUUGAGUCCAGCUGAACGCAGCCCAGUUAUACAGGCUAAGGCUAUUAUUAGUAUAAUGGAUUAUUUGACAUUUGUACAUUUUGUCUUUCUUCCAGCCCAACUGAGAGCUUCCAAAACUACAUGUCAACUAAUGCUCCCUUUGGGAGUGAUAAUAAGUCAACUUGGGAAAGGGACUUUGAUGACAAAGAGAAGGUAAAUGGAGAAAUCCUUGCAAUUUCACUUCAGCAAACUUUUUUGGCAGUAUUAUCACCGGCCUAGUAUCAUGAAAAGCUAAAUGAUUUUGGCGCAGUAAAAAUAAUAACAAUAUUAGCGAACAAUGAAUAGGGUUCUCAGACUUAACACCUACUGUAUCUAGUAAACUUAUAACCAACCACUAUACCACCAUCUUUGGCUAUGUCAACCUUUGUUGCUGAAAUGUAUUUGAUUAGCGUCAAAUUGUCACUGGCGUUUACGAUAUUUGAAUUAUUCUAGAUUUAUAAGAUUCCUCUCUUGCUGUUGCAGGGAUUGAGUAGAACGUGACCAGUAUGAAAAAUGUAUGCACUCACUAAAACUGUAAGUCGCUCUGGAUAAGAGCGUCUGCUAAAUGACUAUAAUGUAAAUGUAGGUCCAAUAGAAGCAGAUUUUUGCCAACUGAAUAGGGGGUUUCAUCUCUGUUCAAUCCUGACGUGAUUCCAGAUGAUAAAUUACUAUUCAAGACACUUUUGGUUUUGCUGUCAGAUCUCUCCCAACAGCCAGAUGGAGAACUUGUCUAUAGCAUCAGGAAAGAAUGAAGAUGCAGCAGGCAAUUUCAAGAAAACGUGAGUGACCCCUUUGAAAUAUUUGCACCAUAUAUCCACAAGAUGGCAAUGUGCUACUUUUUCAUUCACAGCACAGAAGAGUGCAGCUCCAGACAGCUUGGGCACCUUUACAAUAUGUAACUCUUUGUUAUAGGCUCAAAGAUUCAGUCAUAUAUAUAUAUACUGUACAAAAAUAUAAAGGCAACAAUUUAAACGAUUUUACUGAGUUACAGAAAUGAACAUUCAAUUCUCUGGCAACAGCUCUGGUGGACAUUCCUGCAGUCAGCAUGCCAAUUGCACGUGCCUUCAAAACUUGAGACAUUUGUGGCAUUGUGUUGUGUGACAAAACUGCACAUUUUAGAGUGACCUUUUAUUGUUCCCAGUACAAUAUGCACCUGUGUAAUGAUCAUGCUGUUUUAAUCAGCUUCUUGAUAUGCCACACCUGUCAGGUGGAUGGAUUAUUUUGGCAAAGGAGAAAUAUUCACAAACAGGGAUAGUCUACAAAUUUGUGUGCAUAAUUUGAGAGAAAUAAGCUUUUUGUGCGUAUGGAAAAUGUCUGAUCUUUUAUUUCAGCUCAUGAAACAUCGGACCAACACUUUACAUGUUGCAUUUAUAUUUUGUUCAGUGUAUUUACAGUCAAAUAGAAAUAGAGGUCAAACACAUGACUUCAGUAUGUAAUUCAUAUUGAUUGUUAAUGAUAUGGGAUUCUUUGUACUGUAAGGAUACAAAUAAUUAUAAAGUACUGUUUUGUAAUGUAAAAAAAUGGUAACAGCAUUUCUGUGAUCAUUCUAAAAAAUACUUCAUAAAUUGUGACAGUGUUUGAAGUAAUAUGGGAAAAAUAUAUAAUAUGUUACUGGUUUUGAUAGAACAGGGGCCAGCUCUUAGGCCUAUGUAGGAUGAACAUACUGUGGAAACAAACUAAGCUGCAUAUCGCCCCAAAAUAGCCAUAAUAUUGUGUACUUGUUUACUGCACACAUUAUAUAACUCCUGAGUGGCACAGUGGUCUAAGGCACUGCAUCGCAGUGCUAACUGUGCCACUAGAGAUCCUGGUUCGAAUCCAGGCUCUGUCGCAGCCGGCCGCGACCGGGAGACUCAUGGGCGGCGCACAAUUGGCCCAGCGUCGUCCAGGGUAUGGGAGGGAAUGGCCGGCAGGGAUGUAGCUCAGUUGAUAGAGCAUGACGUUUGCAACGCCAGGGUUGUGGGUUCGUUUCCCACGGGGGGCCAGUUUAAAAAAUAUAUAUAUGUAUUCACUAACUGUAAGUCGCUCUGGAUAAGAGCGUCUGCUAAAUGACUAAAAUGUAAAUGUAAAUAUAAUGAUAGAACCAUGCAAACAAAUGUUGGAAUAGUUUUUUGCACAUAAAAUGGCCCUAAAAUAUACAAAUGCAAAAUCAAUUUUAUAAAUAAAACAAUUUGCCAUAUGGAAACACUGUGACAACGGUAAUUCGUAAACUACAAAAAUCAUAACAAAUGUUGGUUUCUAAUAUAAAGUAGGUGUUUGAAUUAUAAUUGUAUCGUUCUUAUUCAUUCACACUCUGAAAUUAUGUUUUCUUGAAAUAAAGAAUUCACUCUGGCCGUAUUUUUAGUUUUACUAAUGGAUAUUAUACAUUUAAUUGUACUGUAUUAUCCAUAUGUAUAUAAAUACAUUGUUUGGCUAUAUGUUAUCUUUACAAAAAAAUGUUAAAUUCAUAUGACUCAUGCCAAUAUUACUUUAAAAUUACAGAAAAUGACUAUUUCACUGUCUUUUGCCUAAGACUUCCAGGAACCUCCCACUUGAGUUGCAGUGCCAUCGCACAGUGUUUUCAUUUGGCAACAAAUACAUCUGAUCAGUUUCCUAAGAACAAAUACUUGGAAAAUCUGAUUUAAUGUUUAAUAUCUCUUGAGAUUGAGUUUCCAUUUUUUAUUGAAGGAGAUAUGUACAGAUAGUUUUAUGAGAACAAUUUGUGGAGCAUUUCAAUAACGGCUAGCUAUUUCUGCGUUCGCGUCUAGUCGGAACUAGGAAACUGACAUUUCCGACUUGCUAACUGGUUGUAGUUAUACAAGUGCUGCGUUCAACCAGUUAGCAAGUCAGACAUUUCAGAGUUUCCUUAUUCCGAAUAGCACAUGAUCGCGUCAUGUGUGCGGGAGAGGAGGUGCAUGUCAUGUAAGGGUGGCAGGUAGCUUAGUGGGUAAGAGCGUUGUGCCAGUAACCGAAAGGUCGCUGGUUCUAAUCCCCGGGCCGACUAGGUGAAAAAUCUGUUGAUGUGCCCUUAAGCAAGGCACUUAACCCUAAAUGCUCCUGUAAGUCGCUCUGGAUAAGAGCGUCUGCUAAAUGACUAAAAUGUAAAAUGUAAUGUGACUUCACCAAAGGACAUCAUUGGCUAGUCUAAGGCCCCCCCCUUUUGUCAAGUUCAAUGGUGUUUGUAUUUCUUCAUUCAUGGAAGCAAGUGGGUGAAGAGAAAUGGUAUGUUGCCACAUGGCAACAUUUAUGCAUCAAAUGUGAAAAGUAGACUCAUUUACCAAGCUCAACAGUCUUCAUGAGUGUUAAUUAAAGCUACACUCUUGGUGUAUUUGUGUUUCAGCCCAGCAACCCCGCUACCAAUUGAUGGGGCUGAAGAAAUGUAACUAUUUUAACAUUUACAGACCGCUUUGGAUGCAAUUCCAUGAUAUCAUCAACAUAGUUUUUAAAAUGUUUGAAGCUAUAUAUUGUUAACAAACGCAUUUGUUUAAAAACAAUGGAGUAAAGCAACAUUAGAUUUUGAGUUAUUAAGGGUUAAGACCGUUUUACUCACAAGCUCGAGGCAAGUUAUGUUAUGCAAUUUUUAUUACAUUAUUCAAGAAUCAAUAGGUAUUGGCCUCUUUUUAUUUUGGUGACCAAAAUCGGCUGCAAAUAUCCCAGAUUGCACCUUUGUCACUCCAGAAGCUUGCAGAUUCAAUGUGCUGACAAUAUUCGCUGUGGUAGUCUUGGAACUGGCCUCCCUAGUUCUCAUACAAUAUAGCACUACCCAAAACUCCUGCCCCACACCUUUUAAGAAUGGAUAAGGCCGCUGUGAUGUGGCCAAGGCAUAGAGUUAGUUAAAUGACUCCUCUUUCUAUCUGUCCCAUUAUGGCAUCUGUAACAGCACGGGCAGCACCAUUGAAGCCAUCUCCAUUUUGAAGUAGUCAGUUUUCUUCUUCUUUCGUGUUUGAAAAAAAGCAUAAAGCUAAUUAAUGGUGAUUUACCACCACCUGCAGUGCUGGUGACCUGAACCCAAUCUUGUCAUUGAUUUAUUGUGGACACCAGAUGGCGAUGACAUUUACAAACCAUAGUUAACUCAAUUUGAAGAAGUAGACAAUAGUGAUGCGUGGGUCAGCUGUUUGUUCACCCGCACCCACCCGCAAUUGCUAAUAACCCAUCCGCAACCGCCCGACUAUAUGUGAUAAAGUGAAAAUCUGGGACCCUAACCCACAAAUAGGCCGAUAGAAAAUGUGAUGUACAGUCAGACGGCAGAACAAUUUUUCGACAGGGUGUGCAGGAUUUCUUUUUUUAAGACUAAUUUAGAUAUGUUUCUGCUUUUCAACUUGUCUAUAAUUAGAUACAUGCAGCUUUUCUUCUGUCAUUACUGCCCUAGAAGACUAAAUACACCCUGAAUAAUCAAACAUCAAUGUCAUGUCAUUAAUCGACGAAUUCAAUCUAGUUGACAUUGUUAAAGUUCCCUUUCAUCUCUGCUUCUCUCCUGCAGCAGACAUUUAGGGACUGGAAGAAAAUGCAAUAACCCCCAAAUCUACAAAUGACAUCAUUUUGACUGGUUUUAAGGAAAUGAAUAGCAGUGAAAAAUAAAUAUUUCUGAUAAGAUUUAAAUUAGUCUUGGAUGCAUAUUUUAUGUGGUUGAAAUACUAUCAGCUUUUAGGACGCUGAUAAAGAUGGCACCUUUACAGACGGUCCCUAACCGCGCAUUCAUUCUUUCAAGAUGCUGAAAGAAAUCACAUUUCUCCAUUCCUGUUCCCGAGUCAAAAUGUACAUUUGGUGUAUCAUUUUACUGCAAGAAAUGCUUAAUUCUGCAGGAGUUAAUAUUAUAUUAGGCUAAGUGAGAGGUUAUACAGUGCAAUGAAAAAGUAUUUGCCCCCUUUCUAAUUUUCUCUACUUUUGCAUAUUUGUGAUACUGAAUGUUAUCAGAUCUUCAACCGAAACCUAAUAUUAGAUAAAGGGAACAUAAGUGAACAAAUAACACAACAAUUACAUAUUUAUUUCAUAAACAAAGUUAUGCAACACCCAAUUCCCCUGUGUGAAAAAGUAAUUGCCCCCUUACACUCAAUAACUGGUUGUGCCACCUUUAGCUGCAAUGACUCCAACCAAAUGCUUCCUGUAGUUGUUGAUCAGUCUCACGUCGCUGUGGAGGAAUUUUGGCCCACUCUUCCAUGCAGAACUGCUUUAACUCAGUGACGUGUGGGUUUUCAAGCAUGAACUGCUCGUUUCAAGUCCUACCACAACAUCUCAAUUGUGAUUAGGUCUGGACUUUGACUAGGCCAUUCCAAAACUUCCAAUUUGUUGCUUUUUAGCAAUUUUCAUGUAGACUUGAUUGUGUGUUUUGGAUCAUUGUCUUGCUGCAUGACCCAGCUGCGCUUCAGCUUCAGCUCACAGACGGAUGGUCUGACAUUCUCCUGUAGAAUUCUCUGAUACAGAGCAGAAUUCAUGGUUCCUUCUAUUAAGGCAAGUCGUCCAGGUCCUGAGGCAGCAAAGCAUCCCCAAACCAUCACACCACCACCACCAUGCUUGACCUUUGGUAUGAUGUUCUUACUGUGGAAUGCAGAGUUUGGUUUUCGCCAGGCAUUACUGGAACCAUGUCGUCCAAAAAGUUAUACUUUUGAAUCAUCUGGCCAUAGAACGUUCUUCCAAGAGUCUUGAUGAUCAUCCAGGUGCUUUUUGUCAAACUUGAGUCAACUUUUUGGACGAGAUGGGUCCCAUUAUGCCUGGCGAAAACCAAACACUGCAUUCCACAGUAAGAACAUCAUACCAAAGGUCAAGCAUGAUGGUGGUGGUGUGAUGGUUUGGGGAUGCUUUGCUGCCUCAGGACCUGGACGACUUGCCUUAAUAGAAGGAACCAUGAAUUCUGCUCUGUAUCAGAGAAUUCUACAGGAGAAUGUCAGACCAUCCGUCUGUGAGCUGAAGCUGAAGCGCAGCUGGGUCAUGCAGCAAGACAAUGAUCCAAAACACACAAUCAAGUCUACAUGAAAAUUGCUAAAAAGCAACAAAUUGGAAGUUUGAAUGGCCUAGUCAAAGUCCAGACCUAAUCCCAAUUGAGAUGUUGUGGCAGGACUUGAAACGAGCAGUUCAUGCUUGAAAACCCACACGUCACUGAGUUAAAGCAGUUCUGCAUGGAAGAGUGGGCCAAAAUUCCUCCACAGCGACGUGAGAGACUGAUCAACAACUACAGGAAGCAUUUGGUUGGAGUCAUUGCAGCUAAAGGUGGCACAACCAGUUAUUGAGUGUAAGGGGGCAAUUACUUUUUCACACAGGGGAAUUGGGUGUUGCAUAACUUUGUUUAUGAAAUAAAUAUGUAAUUGUUGUGUUAUUUGUUCACUUAUGUUCCCUUUAUCUAAUAUUAGGUUUUGGUUGAAGAUCUGAUAACAUUCAGUAUCACAAAUAUGCAAAAGUAGAGAAAAUUAGAAAGGGGGCAAAUACUUUUUCAUAGCACUGUAGACCUACAGUCAGUGUCCAGUUUUCAGUUAGGCUACAAUUCCCUUGACGUGCCAUAUUUGAGAAAAUAAUAAUAAUAUUUGAAGUCCCUGUCUUUUGACUCUCGAAUUUGUGUAAUUCAUCACACAUAACAUAGUCGGCACUGCGAUCAUCCUCUUUUACCACUUCACCAAAUCUUUCCCAAACAUUACUUUUCUGGCCCUCCCUUUCAACUCUCCAUUUCGCCGCUUUUCUCUUAUUGAAUUAAACUCCAACAUUGUCCUUUUUGCCUCAGUGGAGCGACGUUAUUUCCUCCCCCCAAGUUCCCAAAAGCACAGUUAGGCCCUAAAGCUAAGGCUUGCGCACUAACGGCAGAUAAAAAUAAUGAAAGAAAAACCUCAGUGUAGCCUAUAGACAUGAAUUGCACAAGAAAUAUAUUUAUGGAUUUUAAAUGCAUUGUUUUCUCUUUAUUCAACCCGCCACCUACCCGCCCUUCAGGGGACUGCGGUUAUGAGUCACCGCCCUACGGAUAUAACCGCGGGGACUGCGGGUUAUGAGUCAACGGGUUAUGAGUCACUAGUAGACAAUGCUCUCAACAUUGUCUGAUCGCUCCCAACCCAUAGGAAUCUCCACCCAGUUAACUACUGAAAAAUGGUGGAAGGCCUUAAUGGUAAUGUCCAUACAAAUAUGGGUCCUCUAUCUCUAUGGGCCAAUGCCAUACAUGCCUGUCUGCAAACCUCCCAUGCCUGGCUGCAAAUAAUACUGAUCAAAGAGCACAGAUGUCCUCACAAACCGUUCAGCUCAGUUAGCAAUAUGAACCAAUACAUCAACAAACAGAUCGCUAGCUUCAAAUAGUGUGAUGACAUGAUCACCCCCUGACUUAGUUUUUGCUUCCAAUGUGGUCAUUACUCUACAAUUCAAGUCAUUGUGCAAAUGUUUUUUAAAUGUGCCACCUGUCAGUGACCUGUGACAUUGACCUGUCAAACAUGGGCCUACAGAUGUCUCUUUUAAGCAUAUAGCAUGAUGUCAGAGAUGGCAAAUAGCUACGGCUACACAGUCAAUAAAUUAUUAGAACCAUAAUGAAUAACAGGACAUUUUAAAAUGUAAAGAUAUUGUUGAUCCAUUUUGUAGGGUAUAAAAACAUGUAUUAGUUCAACUGUAGCUCAGUUAGAGGUGUUUUCAGGGUCCAAAUUCAAUGUUUGCUGUUAGUGUACUCCCUCUCACCAUAUCAAUAUUACCAUCAGCUGACUGAUUCUCCCACUGUUUUUAUGGUUGUUCUGAAGUUUUAUGGUUAUGAACCCUCCACUAGCUCUAAAUGUUCAAGAGCUCAAUGAUUUUUACGUUUUGUUUCCGCAUUUUGUUUAGGCCCCAUUUUGCCUCCCGCUGUUUUUUAAAUGGUUGCCUUUUGGUCUUGCAGAUCUCAGAAAUCUCAGAAUUCGACCCCUGUCAACAUGUCUACGCUCUUGAGCUUCGGCUAUUUAGAGGACAAGAAAGGGGCACCAAAUACGCAUUCAUCAAGUAAGUAGAUGUUAGUGACUGUGGGUUGAUGUUCGAACUUCAAGGUAAUUUGAAUUCAAUUGGCAAUUUGUCUCAUUGCUCAGAAGCACAUGCCCCAUAGACUAACUAAUAAAAUAUUGAAUGAAUAUCAAGUAGUAUAGAUUAUUUUUGAUGACAAAUCAUGUAUAGAUCUACAUAAUUGAUACAAAGGGCACCGAAGUAAGGUUGCAAAAUUACAAUGCAUGUACUGUUCAGACAUGAUGAUAUGCCUGUCGGGAAAAUUGGAAAUCCUGACUUGCAUUGUUAUCUGUGAUCAUGGGGUGGGACAGCAAAUGAAAAUGUGUGGGGAAAACGCGCACACACAAAUGAACUUGUGUGUAUUCCUGCAGGUUCCAACGAGUAGAAGGGAGCAAGGGCAGUGGCGCACGACUGACUCCUCAAUGUUCUCCUCCACAACGUUCCUUCACCAGGUUUUGCCUGUUCACAACCGCAUAUAGGUGAAUUAAAGCAGUUUGUUUUGGUUCAAGUCAGAGUUAUAGCACUCUUGUCAUGCUACAUGUUUAUGCUUGUCCCAAGAAGUAUACACAACUGCAAAAUUAGAUUGCACUCAGACCCGCUCUGUUCUGUGCCUGAAGUUGUUGCUAAUGAACUGCAUUUGCACUGUAACACUAAUAACAGCUAAUGUACUAGCCUGAGCUAUGCUCUUGUUCGUCUGUUGUAGUUUUGGGAAAGAUUGUUUACUUUUAAAAGGUGUCUAUGGCUUAGAAGGGCUCCUCUAAAAAUGCCUGCUGUUUGAAGUGUUAUGUGUUUUUUUGUGCCUCGUUAUGGUUGCUAUAAAGAUUUGUUUUAAAAAAAAUAAAUGUGUUGUGCAUGGAAAUAUUGGAUGUGUUCUCAUUCUCUUUGUGUGCUUAAUGAAGCACUCGUCACUAUUUGAAAUGGCACCUAGACAUGUAUUUGUUGAAAUGUGACUCAUAGCUAGAUUGCUCCAGAGACCUGUGAUCUCUGAAUUUACUUAAUUGUUCCUUCCUCUUUCCCACUGUCAUCAUAGUAGAAAUUAUGUUCUACGGAUGUAAUUGACACAGGAUACAAAGUGAAUAUGCAAUAUAAUUGGACAUGUUUCUCCCCAUAAUGAUUAAACAAAUGACUAGGAUAUGCGGCAUAUCUGAAACAUCUGGUUAAGGUAAUAUAUUUUGUUGAUACACACACACAGUCAAAUAUUUGUGCACACUCAAUUCGUUUGGAACCUGAACAUCAUGAGAUCCCCAGGAUUCUGUGAAAAUUACAUAAGUCUAGCUCGUGUUUGAAAACUUGCCAGGACAUAGUGACGUUGUUUAUGUAACUUCAUUCGUCACGUUUUUUAGAAUGGUUGAAUGCACCUGGCAAUCAGAACAUUGACUUGGCUUUUUACUAUUUCACUACUUUUCAAUGGCAUGGCCGUUGUACAGGAUUUUACACCACUGAAGUAAUUCAUAGGUUUUCAAAAAGAUAUACUGUGUCGAGUCAUGACUUUGGAUCUGGGCCAAGUAUUUGUAAUGUUUGGAACAGUGUUUGUUUGAGAUCAGUUAACGUUUCAGUGGGAGAGACUGGACCAGACAGUCACUACCCCUCUCUCCACAACCAAUCACUCCUGAGAGAGGUCACAGGUCAAAGCUAUAUCAGCCCAAGAGGCAGAGACAGGCAACGCGUAUUUGGGAACUGCUACACAGCACAACAGAAUAUUACCCAUUGAAUUCAGAAGAACCUUUCUAGCCUGAAAGGUAUGUGUUGCACUUGUGGCUGUAUGUAAUAUUGUGCUUAUAGUACAUUGUGUGUAAUAUUGUAGCUCUAAGUAUUGUGUUUAUAAUAUAUCGUGUUAUAACUCAACAGUUGAUAGUAAUUAUACAUGUUUUCUUCAUAUUUAUUUUAGUAUACAGUGAACAACAGCCAUGUCACCUAUUUUACUGAACGGUAUGGGGAUUGUCAAUGACCAUUCUGAAUAUAUUGAGUGAGUAUAUGUAUUUUACUUUGAGGUUUUAUUACACUACUGGUUAUUGUUCUGCACUAGAGAACCUUCUGUUAUGCAAUUCUCAUGUGCUCUCUCAUAUCAAUGUUAUUACAGACCCGAGGUCCCUUUCAAGAACCCCCAGAUCCAUGUCAAGAACCCCCACUUGGAUACAAUGGAAGAGGACAUUCUCUAUCACUUCAACCUGGGGACCAAGACCCACAACCUGCCUGAAAUGUUUGGAGACAUCAAGGUUUGUGAAAGUUGCCCAGACAAAAUAUUUGCAAUACCUGAUUACGAAAGCUAGUCUCAUAGACAGCGGAAUACAAUGGUCUUUCUAUCUCCCCAUUAAGUUUGUGUGCGUCGGUGGCAGUGCCAAUCGGAUGAAGUCCUUUGCCCAGUUCAUUCACCAGGAGCUGGCCUUGCCCGGAAACAUGGAUGACAUCACAGAUAUCUGUGAGGGAACCGACCGCUACUCCAUGUACAAAGUGGGACCCGUACUUUCUAUCAGUGUAAGUAUUGCACAAUGGAUACAUCUCCCUCACACAAGAUAAUGAUCUGACUUUCGAUAGCCUGUAUAAGACUUUAGAACUUGAUAAGUGAAGAUACUUUAUGUAAGCCAGUGACUGACACCUGAAAUGAUGUAAUAUUAUCAAAUGUUUGUCCAGUUCGGUGUAUUGCUGUAUCUUAUAAUAAUUGUUUGGAUUUAUAUAGCGCUUUUCCACCUAGAUGCUCAAAGCACUUUAUGGCACCCACCUGGGUGAUGCACAGCAGCCAUUUUUGUGGCAGAAUGCAAUUCAACGUCUAUUCCACGUUGGUUCAAAGAAAUGUCAUUGAAAUGACGUGGAAACAAUGUUGAUUCAACCAGUGUGCCCAGUGGGAAGAGUGCAUGUCGACCUGAGUUGCUUCCCACUGCACAGCUGUAUCACUGUGUCGCCGGCAGUAGCUAACGUGGCCAAAUGUUUUCCUCCAAGUAAGGUAGCAGCCUUCAUGAAAAAUAAUUGUUAAUUUGGUAAUCAUCUGGAUGUCACUGUGACCGUCUACUCGUUGGAGAGAGCAUGCACGACAAGUCGGUGUUUCACAACACCAGGACGUAGUGUCGUUCGCCACCCCACCUGCGAUGCACUGCUUUCCCGCAGUUCUGUUAACGUUAGUCAGUAAAGAUUGUUAACCUCACCCUUCUGUCUCUGCAGCAUGGUAUGGGCGUCCCUUCCAUCUCCAUCAUGCUCCAUGAGCUCAUCAAGCUGCUGCAUCAUGCCCGUUGCAUCGAUUUUGUCCUCCUCCGCAUUGGCACCUCCGGUGGAGUUGGUAAGAGCAUCCUCCCCUCUUCCAUUCUUCUUUCAAAUGUUGAUACACAUGUUUAUAUAAUUGAGUGCCACUGCUCUCUAAAUCAUGUCACUGGUGUCCCGUCACAGGUCUGGCACCAGGAACAGUAGUGGUCACAGACAAGGCGGUGGACUGUUUCUUCCGUGCCCAGUUUGAGCAGGUGGUUCUAGGUAAGGUGAUCACAAGGGGCACAGAGCUGGACGUGGGUGUCUCCAAGGAGCUGUUGCAGUGCUCCUCCGAGUUAGAGGAUGUGCCCACCGUCAUCGGAAACACCAUGUGCACCCAUGACUUCUAUGAAGGUAACCCCAUCAUGUAUCUCACCUCUGUACGCUCUGCUACACAAAAGCCCUAAGUUAAAGAUACAGUCUGCAAGUUGUUUUGUUUUUCGAAACGCAGACUGCCCCUUUAACUUAGGAUGUACGUUCCCAAUGUUGCCUCCUGGCCUUGAUCUAACCCAGUCUGUUUUCUGUUGUGGUCCACCAGGUCAGGGUCGGCUGGAUGGAGCUCUCUGCUCCUUCUCCACUGAGGACAAGCUGGAGUACCUGAGGAAAGCCUAUAACACGGGAGUCAGGAAUAUUGAGAUGGAGUCCACUGUCUUCGCAGCCAUGUGUCGUGCUUGUGGCAUCAAAGGUGUUAUUCCAAAUACAUGACUGUCCCACUGUCUCCAAUGCCACUAACUUUGACAGAGAGAACCUGUAAUCAAAUAUGUUUUUUCUUUGUUUUGCCACUUUUGCAUGAUUUUUGUUUUACAUUGUUUUGACAUUUGUAACAGAUUUCACUUUUUCUCCACAGCUGCAGUCGUAUGUGUGACUUUGUUGAACCGUUUCGAUGGGGACCAGAUCUCCACCCCUCAUGAUGUGCUGGUGGAGUACCAACAGAGACCUCAGGUUCUGGUGGCCCACUUUAUCAAGAAACACCUGGGCCUAAUCGUCUAAGCUCCCUCCGAUCACCUCUGCUGCCCAUGAAGUGUAUAUAGCUACAGACCCAACCGAUAUGUGGAUAUAUGUAUAAACAUGUUGAUAUGUGAUAAGAUAUU